UUUGCGUUUGUGGUGACGCACGAUAGUUUUAAUUUAAAAUAUUUUUAAAUUUAACAUGAAAUAACAUUAAAUUUUAUUAUAAAACAUAGAACAUAUAUAUAUAUACAUAUUUAUGUGAUAUUGGACCAUUUUAAGCGAAAUAUUGGAACUUACAAAAAACUCUAAUAUGAAAUUAUUUAUUGCAAAUAUUAUAUUAUUGGUUGUUUUACAAAAAUGUGAAAAGGUAUUGACCAGCUCUGAUAAUCUCGAGGAAGCAACAGGAUUAACAGACACUAAUGAAGAAGAUAUUUGUGUGAUGUGUCAUGAGGAAAUGAAUGUUAAUGAUUUUAUACAUCCAUGUUGUACUGUGAAAUAUCAUAAGAAAUGUUUAUACAAAUUCAUAACCUAUAAUAAAUUAAUUUGUCCAAUUUGCAAGAAAAAUCCAUUUGAAAGAAUUCGCAUGUGCCAUAAAUGUCAAACUGAUAAAAGUGAUAAUGAGUUAGAAAAAAUGAAAUGUUGUGGUAUUGAUUUAUGUAAAUUUUGUGUCAAGAAUAACUUGAGUACUCAAUGUAUGUGCAAUGAAGACUUAGUGAAAGGUCUUAUUUUCGACCCCAAUCGUUUGUGUACCUUUUGUGGAAUUGUGAAAGGAAAGUACUCUUAUUCAUCUCGUUGCCCAGAAAUUUAUUGUAAGAGAUGUUUUAAAAGCCUAAGUAAUCAAUGUAAUGGGCAUUGUCCUUAUUGUCGUGAAGAAAGAACGAAGAAGAAAUCAUUUUCAUGUUUUCCUUAAGUGCAAAUAUCUGAAUAAAUACAACUAUAAUUAUCUAAAUUAAAAAUAUGUCAGAUUGUUUGAUUAUUAUUAUAAUAUGUUAUCGUUAAAUAAGAAAAUAACAUAAAAUCAAUUACUUGAACAAGGUGUGUGAUUAUGUACAAUUAUGUCCAAAUGAUGACAUCACUAAUACUCAUGUAAAUGACACAGCUAAUUUAUUUGUUAAAUAUAUUUUUUCGUUGUCCUCUUCUA